AUGGCCCGCUGUUUUGUAGCCCAGGCUUUGCACCAAGUCCAAUCACAAGGGCUGGCCCGGGCAGCCGCAGAAGCAAAGGCGAAAUGGGGUGAUGGCGGUCAGCUUACCUUUUGCCUUUUGAACCUCAUGUUCGACGAAACAGAGCUCGAAGUAGCCUUGGAGGAUUUUGGUCCUGGUGAUUGGUCCAUCCUAGCAUCUCAUGCACAAGUGAGCUAUGGUGGCCCAGAUGGUGUGCAGGAUCUUGAUGUCAUCAGAAAUCCUCAAGCGUUGCUGGAUAAAACAGCAGAAACGAUGUUUGCUUCAUUGAGCCAAGGGCCUGGUGGCCUCAGGCAUUUGAAUUACACUUUAGAGGAGAACCACAUGCUCCUCCCGACGUUGUGCGCGCAGCACCGGAAUGGUAAUGUUGUGGAGCGAGCAACAAAGCUGCUGGGCAUUUUGCCAGGUUCCUUUGCUGUCGCCAAAACUCUGCAGAAAGGUAAGGUUAUGCAAAAAGUGUCCGAGAAGGUCAAAGCCAUGCUGGCAAGAAGGCUUGUGGUUCUUGAUGCCGUGCCAGCUGACUUACUCCAGGAGUGGAGCGAUGUGAAGGUUGCCCAGCGCAGUUUCUUGGAGCUGGUCAUGGCCACCAGCAUGGAGCAGGCCUCUGUGCCAGGUCGCCGCCAACAAGCUGCCAAUGACUUCCUGGACUUCUUUGCUGGCCACUGGACAGGACCAGGGUUUGGGCAAGAGGGGGCGUCGUUUGAAGCACGGGGCUUUACCUGGGUUGGUUGA